AGGAGCAGGAGGUGGACGAGGAGGUGGACGAGGAGGAGGUGGAGAGAGAGAGACAGAGAGAGAGAGAAGCAAUGGCGAGCGACGCGGCUCCGUUUGGAACCGACGCGGGCCACGGAGGAAUGGGGGUGCAGGAUGGAGGGGGAAUCGGUGGAGGGUCACCGUGCGCGGUGGAUGGCGGUGCAUCCAUGGUGGUGGUCGUGGGCGAAUUGAGCAGUGAAGAGCAGCUGAGAGUGGCUGUGGAAGAUGUGGAGCGAGGCGUGCGUGGCUGGGAGGUGAACGGCCGGUCGCGCUCGCUGGACCAGCAGCUCAAGAUGUUCGUGUCGCGACACUCGGCGCGAUUCUCAGCCGAGAUCCAAGGACAAAAAGUGUUGCACCACGAGAGCGACGACCUGCAGAGCGUGGUGCUGAUCAACCCCGCCGAGGAGACGGUGUUCACAGAGGUCCGAGCCCUGGUCGCGGGCGCGUGCCGCCACAAGCUGCUCGUCCUGGCCGGCUGCUGCUACGAGGACUCGGGGGACCUGUGCCUCCGCGACGGCUUCUUCACCCCCGACUCGCUCGCCGACAUCAUCUUCUCCGAGCCCGAGGUGACUGAGCCCCCGAGCUCCCCCGAGCUCCCCCCUGACCGCCCCCGCCUCACCCUGCACUGUCCGCGUCGUGGGGGGUGGCACGCGCUCUCCUCGCCGGCACUCGAGCACCUGCAGCAGGAGCUGCUGGAGGUUUGUGUGAACCCCGAGCCGCUGCUGCCCCCCACCGAGGGGCUGCUCGAGUUCACCGAGUACCUCUCCGAGUCCCUGGAGGUGCAGGGCCCCUUUGACCUCCUGGAGCCCCCCACGUCCGGGGGAUUCCUCAAGCUGACUCGCCCCUGCUGCUACAUCUUCCCCGGGGGAAGAGGCGACUCGGCGCUCUUUGCUGUCAACGGCUUCAACAUCCUCCUGGACGGGGGCUCCCACCCCAGCUCGGGACUCUGGAAGUUGGUCCGCCACCUGGACCGGGUGGACUCGAUGUUGAUCACGCACGCCGGCGCCGACAACCUCCCGAGCGUGAACAGCCUCCUGCAGCGCAAGGUGGCGGAGGGCGACGAGGAAGCCUCACAGGGCUCCACCUCGCCCAGCGAGUGGAUGAAGAACCUCGUCUCCCCCGAGAUCGGCGUCGUCUUCUUCAACGCGCCCGACCUUCCUCCUCACCCUCCUUCCUCCUCGUCGUCGGCCGGCACCCCGUCUGCCCGCACGGCGGCGCAGGAGGCGCGGCUCACGGUGCAGCUCCUGCAGAAGCUCUGCAUCAAACCCGAGCCGCUCUUCCGACCCCCGACCUCCGACGCCCUGAAGCCCGUGACGCUCUUCCACAAGAUGGGCGUGGGCCGCCUGGACAUGUACGUGCUCAACCCGGUGGGCGACAGCGAGGAGCUGCGGCGCUUCGUGCGGGGCUGGGCCGCGACCCCUGGCGGCCCCGGCACCGCACCACCCUUGAACCACGUGACGUCUAUCUCGGCGCUCGUGGUGUGGCACCCCGUGGCGCCGUGCGAGAAGACUGUGCGCGUCCUGUUCGCCGGCUCGGCACCGCAGGGCAAGAUUCUCGAGGGCCUCGACAGGCUGCGGCACCUGGACUUCCUGCGCAGGCCCGUGGUCACGGAGAAGGACCUCGCGGUGGGCCGCGAGAAGGAGGAUGCGGCGGCGGCGUCUCGGCCGGCCGGCGACAGGGCGCCGCCACUUCCGCCGGAGGCCCGCGGGGGGGCGCGGGGGGGGACCAGGGUGAAGAGCUGGCGGGCCGAGCCGGCCGAGGAGGAGGCGGCGGCGGGGUCAUCGGCCGUGGCCCCGAGCGAGGCCGCGGUUCCCGAGAACCGGCAGGAGAAGAGGGAGGCCGUGCCGGCGGAGAGCAAGAAGGUGCUGAAGGUCCCGAAGAAGACGGUGAAGGAUCCGCAGGAGAGGCUGAAGAGGGCAGACAGCGUCAGCCAGAAGGAGAAAGAGGGGAAGCAGCCGAGGAAGGAGGUGAAGCGGGAGAAGGACGUGACGAAGGAAGUGAAGCGCGACGACGUGAAGAAAGCGGAGCGGAAGGUCAGAGUCGAGAAGAAGGAGCUGAAGAAGGAAGAGGUGAAGAGGGAGGUGAGGAGGGAGGUGAGGAGGGAGUCGUCGCUCUCGUCGAAAACGGAGGAAGAGCCGAAGAAGACGGCCAGGGCCUCGGAGGGGAAGGUGAAACGAGAGGCCAAGGAGGUGAAGAAGGACGUUCGCAAGCCAACCAAAAAGACCCCGGAGAAGCCGCUCAAGAGGGAAUCUUCCCUAAAGGAGACAGCGCCCGUCGCCGCAAAGACCACAGACAAAGCCAAAGCGAAGGGGGACAAGAAGAAGGCCGACGGCCCAGCCAGGAAUGUCGCGGUGACCGCUCCGAACGUGGCGCCGUCACCCGCCCUGGCCACACUCUACACAAAGAUGGAGCAGCAGCUGGAAAGGUCCCGCAUGUCCACACCUGAAGAUCUGACCCGUGACUUUGAAGACCUCAAGCAGGUGGAAGGGGAGGUGGGGGAGGAAUCCGGCUUGGAGAUCAUCGAUAAGGGAGACGUCCCCGUGGAAGAUGAGGUCCUGGAGGACCGGAGUCCUGAGACGCCGCUGUCCAAGGAGGACAUUGUCCCGAGCAUCGGCGAAGAGCCCUGCUUCCGCACCGCACUCUCCACGGAAUCCCCCGACGAAGGGAUCGCAGCCACGGACGGCGAAGCCGAGCUCGAGUCCUCACCUCCCGAAGAGUCCGGCGGCGAGAUCAAGGUGGGGAAAGGAGGCGUGGGCCGAGAGGAGGGGGAGGAACGCAAAGUGGCGGCGGUGGUGGAGGCGGAGCAGGAGGAGGACGAUGCUUUCGGGGAAUCUUCCGACACAGGGGACUACGAGGAGAAGGCCGAGACCGAAGACAAUGACGAACAGGAGUUCAAAGAGAGGGACAGCACGCGGAACGACGCGAACAACGAUGCGGGGCAAAAGCCGGGCCCGGGCGGCGGCGAAGCCUCCGAGGGUCCUGGAGACAGCGGUGGCGACGAGGCCGGCGGUGCCAUCGCGGGAGACGCCGCGAGCUCCGCUCGCCCCGGAGCGCCGCGGGAUUCUGAUAGCCGGACCGAUUCGGACGGAGCUGCCAACCAGGCCGACGCGGAGAGCUCCGAUGAAGAGCCUGAACGACGUGAGGAUGGCGGCGGCGAUGACGAUGACGAACAAGAAGAAGCUGCUGCUUUCGAACGCGAACGUGAAAAAGUGUCGUCAAAUCUGACGGAAAACUUCCCCACGAGCGGUGGCAAAGUGCCGUCUGCACCAUUGCACUACCCUGCCGCGGAUAAUCUGUCCACCUACCUAGAGAUGGAGUCUCUGGCCUUCGUAGGGAACCAGACACUUGGGAACGGAGCCGCUGGGAACGGAGCCGCUGGUAACGGCCACGCGUCGAAGCUCCACGUGGACCUAGCAAACCCAGCGUGGUUGGAGAGGGAGCGCCUCGACAGCGAAUCGUCUUCCACGGUGACCCGCACGGAGGAGACGCAGGGCAAGGACUGCAUCGUCUCGGCACACACGAUAUCUCCCACCUCUUCCAUCGAAGAAGACAGGUCCUUUCAACUGCAGCCUGCGAAAUUCUGCCUUGCCAACGUGGCCAAGAAUGGCGAGGAGGGAGGGGAGGGAGGGCAGCUGUUCCGGCGAGGUUCGGCGAGCAAUGGAAGUCCCCAAAAGAGCCCGGUUCCUCCGUCGCCACUCCUCAAGACCCCCGGCAGCGAGCGAAGCGUGAACUUUGACCUGACACCCACCGAGAUCAGGACGACGCUAGACCGGAACAUUCUUAACUUUGAGCAGAAGCUCAACAAUUCGCUGAAUGAUCAUAUCAUCGACGAGACUACGGCCUUCCGCCCGAACUCCCACGCGGUCUCUCCGCCGGCCAGCGCCGGCCACACGCCGUUCUACCAGUCUCCCGUCGAGGAGAAGUUCAGCGUGGUGCAGGCGGAGGUCGUGGAUGCGACCGCGCCGGGCGCGGCGCCGCCCAGCGCCACGAGCCCCGACGGAGAGCAGAACGUGAGCCCCAUGGACGAGCCCGUGCCGGACUUUGUCCACUCCGACGAGAAAGUGCUGUCCCCCAUGCGCAGCCCCCCGCCUCUGGGCUCCUGCUACCGGCCGCCAUCCUGCCAGUCGUCCGCGUCUGAGGAGGAGUCCCCGGGCGGGAGGGAUCGGGGCUCGUCGACCACUCCCGAGGCCGCCGAGGCCGCCGGCCCCCCCAAGCUGGACCUGAAGGAGUUCGAGUCGCUGACCGGCGAGGGCGGCACGCCGAAGAGCACGAGGUCGCUGAGCUUCGACAAGAUUCCCCCGUCGCUGGGGGUCGCCGCGGACUUCCCCUCGCUCAGCCCCUUCGAGGAGGCGCGGCCGCCGCUCGGCUCGGGCCCGGCCACCGUCGGAGAGGGCGACCGGGCGCAGAGGGCGUCCGGCCGCAAGCACGAGGGGUCUCUGUCGCAGCAGCCGCGGUCCUCCUCGGAGAGGUCUCUGUCACCCGUGGAGGAGAACAUCGUGGGGCCGGGCUACAUCCAGUUCGAGGCCCCCUCGCCCGAGUCCCAGGGCCCCCGUCGCCCGAGAAAGGCCAACGUGGUGCUUAUCCCGGGAAGCGCCGUCGAAACGCGGGCCCCGCCGGAGAAGGAGUGGCGCUACUUCACGGUCGACGACUGCCGCGAUCGCCCCGAGCGGGAAUCGGCAGCGAUGGGGCGUGGAGAAGAGCGUUCACACGAACGUGAAGCUGCCCCUCGAGCCGUGGCCAACGGCCCCACAGAGGUGGACUUCUCCCCAUCGGCGGAGGACCCAGGGCCUUGCCUCCUCUCCGACGCGAAGCCGGGGUGGAGCAACGCCCUGCCGGGCCCCGUGGCACGACCCGAGCCCGUCCUCAACCUGAGUUUGCGCAAAUCCGACAACUCCCCCGAGUCGUCCGCGCCGGAGGGCGACCCCGCAGAGAGCGGCGGCCGUGGGUCUCCCCGCGGGGGGAGCGGCCCCUCGCUAGAGGGGUCCCCCGCUGGGUACCCCGUCGUGGAGCUCGCCGAAACGCCCGACGCAGCCCCCGAGGAGGAGCCGGAGUCGGGCCGCUGGCCCUUGAUCGAGUCCGUGACGUCGCCCUCGGACCCGCUUGCCGGCUCCCCGCUCACCUCGCCCAUCGUCGAGGAGGUAGCCUCUCCGGAAUUGUCGAGGAACUCCUCGUUCAGGUCCUCCUCCCGCACCCUCGAGGGGCCGUCCGUGGUGGAGGUGCCGUCGCCCCGAGCCCACCGUGACAACGCGCCAGCCAUCCCGGCACGUGGUGACGGCGCGCCGUGCGACCAGGGGAACGACUCGACUGGCCGCAGAGCUCGCAGCGACGACGACGAUGACAACAACGAUGGUGGCAGUGGGUUUCUUAUCAGCGAGGCUACACCUCUUGCUGCUGUGGACUUGUGCCUCGUGUCUCCCUGCGAGUUCAAGCACGCGAGGGCGUCGCUGUCUCCGAUGUCCGAUGGGGACAACCGACGUGGCGACAGACCGUGGAGCCCAGGAGGUUGGGACCGUGGAGAGAAACGGGAAGAAGAGGAAGAAGGCGGAGGCGGCAUCUUGGCGAGCGAGGCCGGGCCCUUGUGUGGGCCUGUCGGGCCGCCGCCGCCACCGCCGCCACCGCCAGCCGCAUCCCGUCACCACCACCACACCCACCACCGCCACCACCACGACGACGACGACACGCCGCCCUCGUCCGUCAGCGAGUCGCUGCCCACGCAGACGGACUCGGACGUGCCCCCCGAGACGGAGGAGUGCCCGUCCAUCACGGCCGACGCCAUGCUGGACUCGGACGACGACUCGGAGUGCCUGCCCGCCGACAAGCCGGCGCCGGCCCCGCCGCCUCCCCCGGCGCCUUCGUCCGGCUUCCGGCAUCCGGCGGCGAUGACGGCGGCGCCGCCGGAUCCCCGCCCGCCGGCGCGGGACCCCGGCGUGGCCAUGGUCGACCCCGAGGUGGCGACACCGCAGGACGGGCCGCUCAAGCGGGAGCCCGGGGAGAAGGCCGCCAAGGGUCGCAAGGCGACGGCUGCACCCUCCUCGCCGGGCCGGAGGUCGCACGCCAAGGCCAGGGCGGCCGGGGUGGCGACAGGCGCGGGGAAGGAGGAGGAGAAGAAGAAGGCGAAGAAGAAGAAGGAGGAGGAGGAGGAUGUGGAGAAGGAUGCGGCGAAGAGCCCCAAUGGGAAGACGCGGGCACGGGUUGAUGGGAGGGCGGCCGGCACGGGCGCGGGGCGCUCCUCCCCGCGGGGGGCCGCCCCCCUCCCCGUGCACGUGGACCUCGCGUUCGUGCCGGGGCACGCCGCGCCGGGGGCCUGCGACGCCGAAUUCUUCCGGCGGGUGCGAGCGGCGCACUACGUGGUGAGCGGCGCCCACUCGGGCGCCAACCAGCCCUGCCGCGCCGUGCUCGACGCGCUGCUCCGGGGGAAGGCCACCUGGGGGGGCGACGCGCAGGUGACGGUGGUGCCCACGCACGACACGGAGGUGCUGCGCCAGUGGUUCCACGAGACGCGCGAGGAGCAGCGCCGCCUGCACGUCGCCGUGCUCGCCGCCAACAGCACCGUGCUCAUGCAGGGCGAGGCGUUCCCCGCCUGCAAGGUCGAGUUCUGAGAGUUCCGCCAGCAGCGUGGUGGGGGGGUGGGGGGGGGGGGCUGGGUGGUGGAGAGGGGGUGGGGGCCUCCAUCGUCAUACAACGACGCCUCACGACCGGCCACGAUCAAAAUUGCAGAAUAUGUAUUUGUACAACACUCCCCCCACAAGGUGCACACCAUCUCGACAUGUAGCGAGAGAUACAGCCACGCCGUCUACUUACAGAGAGAGAGAGAUCGAAUCCCAGCGUGCAAGGUCGGGGCCUGAGUCGCAGGGUUCACCCAACCCCGAAUGUCAUCCAUGUACACCCUUGGCAUGCGGCGUCAGAGACGUCCCAGACCACAUGGGCCACCAGCGGCCACAACUCACCGCCCCCCCCCUUCACCGCAGGGCGGCCACACCAUCGAUCUUACACGGGCGUCACCACCUCUCGCGAUGCUGCGAUGUCAUAUCCACGACCCCCCCUCCCGCCUCGCCCCCCCCCCCCCCACCACUGCCCCCCCAGACUUGGGGAUCACGAAACAGGGACCCCUGACCCCACCCCCCGCUCCCCUCCACUGUUCUGUGCGGCUGAGCGGGGUGGACAUUUCACGCUCGCAGCGGUCACGAAUUUGAAACGCAGCCGAGUGUUCGCGCUAAACCUGUCUGUGUCGUCAUGGCCCUCCACCACCCGGCACGGCCAAGCAAAUCACAACGCCACGUGCUGUACGCGCGGAGUGACUAAGUUACCGUGAUGACAAGGGCACAAUCGUCGGGCCCCGAGUCUCGGUGCGGUCGAGGGGGCUCGUCCCCACGGGCUGUCCGCCGGUGUCGCUGUCGGUGCGGUGCAGGUCACGUGGCUCCACCAGCCGAGUGGUGAUGGAGCGCGGCACUCACGCUGUCGUGGCGGCGCAGGUUGUGGUGAAGUGCAUGAUGGGUGAAGCGGUUCGGGAAUGGUCACGACGAUGUCCAGCCCUGACCCCUACCCCUUACCCAGACCCUCAACCCCAAUGCUAUCCCUGACCCCGUAACCUAACCCCUACAUCCAAGUGGGUGGGGGGGGGGGGGGGGGGACACACCACAUAUCUGCUAGGAGUGUAGAGAGGAGGAGAGGGAUCGUGUGUGCGUGUGUGGAGGACGAGGGGAGGAAGAUCUCCCGGUGCUCGUGUGUGUGGGGGUCGUUAAUGAGUUGUGCGGGGGGGGGGGCAGAGUACGGGCAUCACUGCUAAACGAGUGAGUGGGGGUCCCCUGUGCCCCCCUCCCCCGCGCCCCCGGCUCCGUCCGUGGCUGUGUGUCCAUUGGAAGGCAGCAGGCAAAGGGGCAGCCCUGCAACAGCCUUGCUCACGCCACCGCUCGCGGGUGGGACCUCCGCUUAGAGGGAGCAUCUGGAGGGUACUUGGCCUACCACGUUGGCCAUGGCGUGGGGGGAGAGGUGGGAGUAUUCACACUUUACCCCACCACUACCACCACGACACGUGACCGCUGGUGCCACCCAUUCACAGAGUCACAGGGGGAUGGAUCCAAUGUCGCUUCGGAGCUGACCCGUGCAUUCAAAGCGUGUGGCGGAAGGCGGAGUCGAACCCAUGCUCCCCCAGUCUGGGUGGCCAGUGUGGCUCACCGCUGCACCACUGCGGCAUCCUCACUAAAUUGGAAGCGGAAUUUAGAGUUGUAAUUCAUAAUAGAUGUGUUUGUGUCGUCAAGACCCUCCACCAGCCGACACAGCCAAAUACACUGAUUUGUCAGGAGGUGUUACACUCGUUUAACAAAGCGAGGAUUGUCAUUGUUUGAGCUGACUCACUGGUGAGCGUGUGUGAGUAUGUGUGGGUGAGUGUGUGGGUGAGUGGGUGAGUGUGUGUGUGUGGGUGAGUGGGUGUGUGGGUGAGUGGGUGUGUGGGUGAGUGUGGGUGUGUGAGUUCCGGCCUUCGUAGGUGCUGGCUAACAGCACUUGCCCCAACAGUCUGUUCAAGGCUAUACGAGGGAUCUUUGUCUGUGUGUGAGUGGGUAGAUGUGUGCCAGUGCGUGAAUGAGUAACUGAUGGUGAGUGUGUAAACAUCGCCACUCGGGAGACAAAGGCGGCCGGGCGUGGUGCUGGCCACCCACCCCCUCGUGUGCCGUGUUGGCCUUCAUAGGUGCUACUCGCUAACAGCACUUUGCCCAAACAGUCUAUUAAGGCUAUACGGGGGAUCUUUGUCUUUGUGGGAGUGGAUGAGUGAGUGGGUGAGUCAGUGAGCUGAAACAAUUGUAGUCGUUGUUGUUGUUAAACGCUUGUACGCCACGUGACGAUUUGUUUGGCUGAGUCGGGGUAGUGGUGGAGGGUCCUGACGACACAACUGUGGCCGGAUCAUUGCGUGGCUUAACCCCACAAAGGUCAACUGUGACCGAUACGUAACAGUGGCUGCGGAUAGCCCACGCCUUUAGCCGGAGGUUUAAACGCUCGCAACUUUUACGCAGAUUUCCGCAGGCUUCCUUGCCACCAUGCUCAUCAGCUGUGUUUCUGUCUCGCUAUGCUUUCGCUCAUGUGGUGAUUUACGUCUAAUCGGAUGAAACGGCCGCAAUGGAAGCGCAGACAAAGCGUGUUUGGUGUGGCCAGAGCUUCGUCAGCCGGAGCUGUCCAGGGCCGAGCUCCAGAAAAUGGGAAAGGGGGGGGGGGGUGGUUAGGAGUUGCGGGUCAAAGGGUGGGGGGGGGGGGGACUCCUGGAGAAUAUUCCAUGGGUGAUUAAGUGGUGGUGGUGGUGUGAGUGGAGGAACUAGACACGGGGGGGGGGGGUGAUCCCAUGAGCACGGUAACUGCUCGCCACUGUGAUCACGACGUCAGCUGUUGCUCAGCUGCGCUCAGUCAUCCGCCUGCGUUGUCGUCCAGAGCAGGGCUCCUCGCUGGGGGUUGUCACCCCCCCGCCCCCCAUGGGCAAUUGGAGGGGGGCAGGGGGAUGGGGGAGGGGGGCUUCAUGGACAAAGAGGUGAAUUUUCUGCCCCUUUUAACGCAGCUGAUGAGCACAGGGACCAGAACGUGAAGCGGCCAGCGACAAACAGCGCCGUUGUCGAGGGGAGGGGGUGACCUUGCUCUGAGUCGCCGCUUGCGUGCAUUGCCUUGAGGUAGCGCUCACUGCCACCACCACCACCACCGCCUCAUCAUCAUCAUCAAGCCAGGGGGUAGAUAAAGUCGUGUAGCAUUCAACUUGGUGGG